ACUCGGUAUCAAUUCUUCUAUCUUUGGCCACGCUCAAUCUCAAAUUUCAAGACGGUUCAUCUAUCGUGAAGUUUAGCUUCAACGUUUUUAACCCCACGCCAUUACCUACAUGAAUCGCCAUUUUCAUCCAGCAUCCAAAUUCCUCUAUUGCCAAGGUGCUUACAGUGUUCAAGCUUUCUCUCUGGGUCCAUAAACGGGAGCACGUUAACGACUUUCCAUCAGAAACUUACGUAUGCUCUUGGAUCUGCUCCAGUGCCAGAGUAACCCUAGUUAUUCGAUUGGUUAGACAAACGUUAGAAAUACAUUCCAUAUUUCACAAUCGCCAGUCCAAAUAUUAGGCAAACUAUCUCUCUUUGGGCAAACAGAAACUCGUACACACUUUAGGACGUCCGCACACCCAUUCCGCUCGUUCAGCACUUGGUGAUUAGGUCUGUCUAAUUGAGGGUAAGAGAAGACUCCACAACAGCAAUCAGUUGCUAUCGCAAGGUUGGUGUCUUCCACGAUAGUAGUAACCUUGCGUUACAGCAUGGACCGCCCCAACUCCCAAGACAUUACUGGCUCAGAUCGACACGAGACGGUUGAUGAAAAUGAUGAUAUUGACAAUUUACCUGGGAAUAACAAACGUCAAAGAUCCCUGCCAUCGGAUAGUGGUAUUAUCCCGUCUUUAGAUGGAGCGGCAGAUCGCUGGGGGAAGCGUAGGAAAUUACCGGUGUCAGCUAUUUUCAUCCAUGCUGGAGCCGGCUACCACAGCGCCAAUAACGAGCAUAUCCACCUAGCGGCAUGUAGCGAAGCCGCUCGGCUCAGUAUAAAACUCCUGCGGUCGGGGCAUUCGGCUAUUGACGCUGUCGAGGCUGCUAUCAAAGUCCUUGAGGACAAAGAGAUCACAAAUGCCGGCUACGGAAGCAACCUCUCAAUCGACGGAACAGUAGAAUGUGAUGCUACACUAGUUGAUCACCUUGGUCGAAGCGGGGCUUGCGGUGCAGUGCCGAAUAUCAAAAACCCCAUUACCUUGGCCAAGGUCAUCCUUGAGUGUAGCAGCAGGCCUCUCUCUUUACGCCGCGUCCCUCCUAAUCUGCUUAUCGGAGACGGCGCCAAAGAAUUCGCUCACGAAUCGGGUAUGGGAUUAAUCCCUAACGAGUAUCUCGUGUCGAGAAACGCCCGGGACCGUUAUGUCAGAUGGCAGGAAGAUCUGAGACGGGCCGAGGGUAAAGAAUCCUCGACGCUGGAAACCAGUGGAUACGAUCAAAUCGUCGUCAGCACCCUUAACGCUGAACCUUGCCACCGGGACCACACGAAUGCCAUACUAACUGGGACUUGGAAUGAAGGCCAGCCGGAUUCACCAGUAUCGCCUUCGCCAUGGGAAAGUGGUCCUCAUUCGCACACUAAUUCGCCUGUGCCAAUCAGAGUCGGAAUCUCGCCACAAACCUCGCCCGGAACCUUGGUCGAUCGCAAUCCAUUUAAUUUUCUCGGUUCGGCUCUCUCCAGCUCAAAGAAUUCAGCGGCAAAGGUGGCAUCGCCAACCCCGAAACGCCCCCGGUUCGUUUCCGGGCCGAGCAACGAAUCAUUGAAAUCGAAUUCCAGCACGUCAACACCCAAUAAUACCACCGGAGCAGCAUAUCAUGACGGUGCUGGUUCGGAUGCCUCCUCGGUGCCUUUCUCAUAUACAAGUAAAAAUGCUCUCAAUACCAUAGUGCCCCAAAUAAAAGUAGACAAGCCGUCACGAGACUGGGCUACCAAAGGCCAAAAAAUAAAGGACGAUGGUGUCGACAAGAUCACCGACACAGUUGGUGCAAUCGCAAUCGAUCAGUUUGGGAGGAUUGCGGCUGGGUCAUCUUCAGGCGGCAUUGGAAUGAAACAUCGAGGACGAAUCGGCCCGGCAGCCUUGGUGGGAAUUGGAACAGCCGUCAUUCCGGCCGACGUGCAGGAUCAAGACGGUAUGGCCGUUGCCGCUGUGACGAGCGGCACAGGAGAACAUAUGGCUACUACGAUGGCGUCCCAGAAAUGCGCGGAACGCAUAUUUCAAGGCACACGACGAGGGCCGGGCGGAAAAGACAUGCCUGAAGAUGACGAGAGUGCCAUUCUCCAAGGCUUUAUCGUCAAUGACUUUCAGGAACACCCAGGUGUUAAAAAUUCCUCCUCGGCUGGAGCCAUCGGCGUCAUGGCCGUAAAGAAAAGCUCCUCUGGGUAUUACCUGUAUUUCGCGCACAACACGGAGUCAUUUGCCCUAGCCUCAAUGGGUUCCAACGACCGUGAACCUCUAUGCGUCAUGUCACGCGUCGUCGAAGGGAGUUCCGUCAUUGCUCAAGGGGCUAGGAAGAUUCGCCUUUGAGUUGGUCGCAUUGACGCACUCGACGGUUGGUCGAUAUAAAACCUGUCAGAUCGAACCAAUUCCGUUCCCUUUCACAGAUUCAUCAACUUACUUCCCACUACAAAUCCAUCCACUACCUGGUCUACCUUUCAACUCGAUUCGUCCUCAAACCUCACUUUAUCCUCAUUAUCUGUAAACCUAGAUUGGGGGUGGAUUACAUUGCAUUGGGAUUGGUGUUCUUGAGAUACCCUUAGAUGGUCGUUUUUCACCAUCGGCCGACGCCGUAUCUGUCUUCACCCUGGAGAAAUUGUCAUCUUCGAGCCGUGAUCAACU